CAUCUGCUGAGACGUCUCUUUCCCCCCCUUCAGCGUAUUGGAAAGCUUUACCCUGGAGACCUGGACCGCCUGCGGAGGAUGUCCCUGAUAGAGGAAGUGGACGGCAAGAAAAUCAACAUGGCGCACCUGUGCAUUGUGGGAUCUCACGCUGUCAACGGAGUGGCCCGCAUCCACUCUGAGAUCAUCAAAGCCACUGUGUUCAAGGACUUCUACGAGUCAGACCCUGAAAAGUUUCAGAAUAAGACCAACGGCAUCACUCCGAGACGCUGGCUGGUCAUGUGCAACCCCGGCCUGGCUGAGGUCAUCGCAGAGAGGAUUGGUGAGGAAUACAUCCGUGACCUGGACCAGCUGAAGACGCUUCUGGAAUUUGUGGACGAUGACACCUUCAUUCGAGAUGUUGCCAAAGUCAAACAGGAGAACAAGUUGAAGUUUUCUGCCUAUCUUGAAGAGCACUACAAGGUGAAGAUCAACCCCAACUCCAUGUUUGAUGUUCAGGUGAAGAGGAUCCACGAGUACAAGAGACAGCUGCUCAACUGCCUGCACAUCAUCACGCUGUACAACCGAAUCAAGAAGGAUCCCAAGAAGUCAUGGACCCCCAGGACUAUCAUGAUUGGAGGAAAGGCAGCUCCAGGUUACCACACUGCUAAGAUGAUCAUCAAGCUGAUCACAUCCAUCGGAGACAUUGUGAAUAACGACCCUGUGGUGGGAGAUCUCCUCAAAGUCAUCUACCUGGAGAACUACCGCGUCACUCUGGCUGAGAAGGUCAUCCCAGCGUCCGACCUGUCGGAGCAGAUCUCCACAGCCGGCACCGAGGCCUCUGGCACCGGGAACAUGAAGUUCAUGCUGAACGGGGCUCUCACCAUCGGCACCAUGGAUGGAGCCAACGUGGAGAUGGCAGAGGAAGCCGGAGAGGAGAACCUCUUCAUCUUCGGCAUGAGGGUGGCAGAUGUGGAGGCCAUGGACAAGAUUGGUUAUGACGCUGCGUCGUACUACAACCGUCUCCCCGAGCUGAAGCAGGCCAUGGACCAGAUCUCCGGGGGCUUCUUUAGCCCCGGCCAGCCUGACCUUUUCAGAGACCUGGUCAACAUGCUGAUGCAGCACGACAGGUUCAAGGUGUUUGCAGACUAUGAAGCCUACAUCAAAACUCAAGACAGAGUCAGCACUCUCUUCAAGGACCCUAAAGCGUGGACCAAGAUGGUGAUCCAUAACAUCGCGGGCUGUGGAAAAUUCUCCAGCGACCGCACCAUUUCCCAGUAUGCCCGUGAGAUCUGGGGCAUGGAGCCCAGCCUGGAGAAGAUUGCCGCCCCCGACGACCCCCGCUAAACCUCAGCAGCCCCCUCCUCCUGUAGCUCACUGCGGUCCAAGCACUGGAGAAAACCCCUGUAGCUUUUCACUUGUGGCAUUAUUUCCUUACAUUAUCGUCCCAUAAAUAACCGCUAUCACUCCCAGUUGAUCUUGUUUUGAAGUGGGUUUUUUCCAUCUGUAUUUUCUCUUUGUAUCAGCAAUGCAUAUUGUCACUGUUGGGUAAAGUAACCUUUAUCUCUAUAUAAGCCUAUCAGCCAGAUUACAUCAUGGGAUUUUUCUCGGGCACUGUAACAAAAAUAUUAAUGAUUUUGCUCCAACAAUCCUCCCAUUAUCCAAAAUCUCCAACUAAUGUUUGGAAAUAGGUCAAAACAUCAAGAGCUGAGACCUUUAGAAUGCUUUAACAAAUACUGGGAUUAGGUCUUUAACCAAACAGUGAUUUUAACCUUUAUUCUAGCUACAUAUUUUUCUACUUUGAUCUGAACAAACCACUGUUAUGCUUUCAAACCAGCAAAUGUCUUCCACCAUGACGGAGAGAAGUGACACUUAGGGGUUAAUGAAGGGACCUGUGACAGGGUGGUGUUGGAAGGAAGCCUGGUCUCAAUUUUACCGCAGAUUAACAUCAUUAUUAUUAUAUUCAAAGACUCCGUCCGGUUAUGUUUCAUGGUGUUUGUUGAAUAUAUCUGUGUAUCUAUCCGUCCUGUGUCUCAGCAUGUUUAUGUCUGUUUCUUCCUAAAAGUGUUAGAAAUUAACAAAGCCUUCUCUGCCUAAAAUCUAAGUGACUGAAUUAAUCUUGAAAAUGUGUGUGCUCUGUAAUAUACUGUAGUUGUGUAUGUGUAUAUGUAUACCAUACUUUAGUCCAAGACACUGUGGGUAUCGGCUCCAUUGAUGUACUGUAACAGCAUAUAUUCCUGCUCAAGCUACUGCAUAAUAAGCUGUGGUGCUGUAGACUGCAGAAAGCCCAUAAACCUAAUAUUUCACUAGAAAACCAUGCUUUUCUUUUCUUUUUGUCAAUAAAUGACAAAACUAUCAACAGCUCA